AUGACAUAUCUACCCGAUACAGGACCUUUUGGAAUUGGAACCUUACCUCGAGUCCAUGCCGGUUUCAGCAGGCUUUGCGGAGGCUUCCAGCCACUUCAGUGUCCCGGGACAACGGUCGUAAUAGAGUAUGACGAGGAGUACGACCCCAUCGACAAUGUCACUCUACUCAGCAACGGGACUAUCCCCAGUGGCGAGUCCUACGACACAAGGAUCCCAGAGACCCUUGGAGAGUUGUACCAGAGUGGGCUCGCGCUACAGCCACGUAGUGUCUCCAGCUUCUUCGACAUUGAGACCCGGCAGUUCACCUUUCGGAAACAGUUGAAUUUUGGCAUCGACACGCCGUACACAGUUGAUUUCUUCCAAUACCUGAAGUCGGUCUAUCUGGACAACGCUUUGCAGCCAGUGGAGGGUCUUGUCAUCGACACUAUCUCCGGCGGCGUGGGUUUUCGCCACCACACUGCGCCGGUGAUCUCUGGUACUGCCGCCGAGUGGUCUGAAGACAUCCUCUUCAUUGAACCUGAAAUUGUCUGCGUCGCCUCAAACCUCUCGUAUGAAUUUCAACUGCCUUGGGAGUCAGAUGUCCUUGGCGCGCAAGUGACGAAUUUAUCCAUCGUCGACGAGGGAGGUUUUGUCGAUAUUGUGCCUGAGUAUCCUUUUCUGGACUUGAACGAGACUCAGGAAAAUCCGCAAUUGUGGAAUCGAGCUUAUAAAGCGGCUUGGAUGACCAACGCCUACGCAAUGGUAUACAUGAACAUUACAAGGCCCAACCCAGGUGCCUUUGUGUACAUAAGCUCAAAGGUCGGCCAACGAUGGCCCUUAAUAGAAGACCAAGCAAUAGGAGUUUCGCCGUAUUCAGCCAAUUUUCAACUUUAUCAUGGUAUGGUCCAACCGCCAACGUACAUAUCGAACUACACCUUCGCCGAGCACCCUGAGGCCAAUUAUCCAAAUCCAUUUGGCAUCAGCAUAUCGAACUACAGCGCAAUUAACAUUAUCUGCAGUGGCGCAGGAGGGCAAGAUACCGCAAACACGACUCGACCAAGAGUGGAAUGUGGACUGGUGUUGGGGCCAGCAAGACGCACAGAUGGAGACGAAAGCCUAGCGUUUGUUCCUGGUACCUGGUGGAGGCAGCCGAUCUACAGUUGUGCAGGCGCUUCGAAAGCCACCGUCAAAUCUGUCCAGUUUCUGUACAACGUGACUGUGGAGAAUCAAGACACUCUGGAAGCGUUGUCAGUACAGACAAUUCAGGACAAAGAGUACGAAGACGCAAGGCAUAUGCCAAUUUGGGGAGUCGAAACCGUUGACGUCAGCAAUGCCGACAUUACACAACUUUGGGGCUUGAUCUCCCCCACAGAACAGAAGUCAGUAAAUUUGACAACCGUUCAAUCAGCACGGCUAUACCUCCCUGGCCACAUGGGAUCUCUCAAGUCCCAGAGGCAGGGAUUCGAAUAUCUGCCCGGAACUAGUGGACCUGUCAAUAUUUUGGAUUCACUGUUCACUUCAUUGACCGCAGAUGACGGCACACAAGACUACAGCGGAGCAACCAAUGUGGCAACACUUUCGAGAUGGAGGGAGGCGUCAAAAACGACAGCAGGUGUCAGCAAGAUGCUGAGUCUUAUCUGGACUGAUAAAGCAGCAAACCUGCUAACAGGAACGCGUGGCUGGAAUACGCAGACACUGACACCUGACAACUUGCUGCCCAAUCCCCGAAAGCGCAAGCGACAGUCCCAGAUAGCCCAAGGCAAGGCCGAAUCAAGAACGUUAGUUCGCGUUACCAUAUACAAGCGAAGAAUCAGAUAUCGCUGGCGGUUUGCCAUCCCGGCAUUCCUGUCAAUAGCUCUAGUGGGUUUGAUUUCGAUGGGAGCAUUGAUUCUAUACAUUCUAAGGAAGACUACAUUUGCUAAAAUCAACCACUAUCUAAGACAAUUAUUGGCAGGACGGUUGCUGUGUGCUAUGCAAUAUCCUGGCAAGGGUGAUCAGAAGGCGUCAACUGAGGAGUGGCUGUCGCAAGUUGGACACAAACCAGUGCAGGUGAACGAACAGGGAGCGGCAACAAGGAGCAGCAACACGAAGUGA